UUAAAAAUAAAUACAAAUAAAAUUCCGAUAAUAAAAAGACGAUAUCAUUGUUGAAAAGGAACGUUAUUGUUUAAUUGGAGACAGUUUGGAUUUGGCAUUCAUGGAUUUGAUACCAGGUUUAGAACCCUUCUAUACACCACGUAAUCCUAAGCCUCCGACACCAAAAGUGCCUACACCUACACCUGAAGAAAUUGCAGCUAAGGAAGCCGCAGUGGCUGCUGCUGAAGCUGCGGCAGUGGCUGCUGCCGAAGCAGCUGAUGCUGCUGAAGCCGCUGCUGCUGCUGCUGCGGCUGCUGCUGCUGCAGGCACUGGUUCUCCUAAGGCUGCUGAGGGAGCGGCUGAAGCCGCACCAGCUGCUGCGCCCGAACCACCCAAGGAACCAACACCGCCACCACCACCUCCACCACCAUUUGAAUAUGUCAUUGAUUUGCCACCAGAAGGUGCUGAAGUACCAUUUGUUAAGAAUUAUGAACCUCCACCACCAGGUUCUGAACCAGCUCCACCAGCUGAGGGAGCCGCCCCUCCUGCUGAGGGUGCUGCUCCACCUGCUGAGGGUGCUGCUCCACCUGCUGAAGGUGCACCCGCACCAGCAGCACCGCCAGCCGAGGGUGCUGCCCCACCAGCUGAGGGUGCUCCCGCACCAGCAGCUCCUCCAGCUGAAGGUGCUGCAGCACCUGCGGCUGAUGCUGCAGCUCCACCUCCAGCAGCUCCUGCAGCUGAAGGUGCUGCUCCACCAGCCACUGAUGCUCCAGCUGCUCCUCCAGCAGAAGGUGCUGCCCCAGCUCCAACGGAAGCUGCACCACCGGCUCCAGCAGAAACCGCUCCGGCACCGGCUGAAGCUGCUCCAGCACCCGCUGAAGCUGCUCCAGCACCCGCUGAAGCUGCUCCCGCACCAGCAGAAGCAGCCCCGGCUGAAGCGCCCGCAUCUUGAACAUGUUUAACGACCCCUAUGUACAUAUAAAAAACUACCAUCGGAAUAUAAUUCAACAAUCACAACCGCUAACACUACGCUGCCAAACAAAAACAAAUAUGCAAAAUGUUACGUUGUCAUAAGCAUGAUUUUAUAAAAUAUAAUUUUUCUAACUAAGCA